AUGUUGCCUGUUGCUGCGUUAAUUGAUGACCAUAUUCUCUGUGUGCAUGGUGGUCUCUCACCCGAUUUGAAAACAAUUGAAAAAAUGCUCACGCUGGACAGGGCAGUCGAGAUUCCAAGCAAAGGGGCGUUGUGUGAUCUUGUGUGGUCGGAUCCGGAACCAACUGAAGAAGGAUGGGAACUCAGUCCCAGAGGAGCUGGAUGGAGUAUUUGA